AUGCAUGAACCUGAUCUCACUGAUCCAAAGAAACUGGCACUUCAUAAACUGUACAGACCGAAAAGAGUCACUCCAAAUGAGAGGGGGUAUCAACUUCUCAAUACUCCUCGCAUAAACAAGGGCAUGGCAUUCUCCUUGUACGAACGUCAACAUCUUGGAAUUCAUGGACUAUUGCCGCCGGCCUUUAUGACUCAAGAGCAGCAGGUAUAUCGUAUGAUGAUGAGAAUCCGAGAGCAAAAGGACAACUUUGUCGAAUGUCGCAAUGAAAAGUUGUUCUAUCGAAUUCUAAGUGAAAACGUCAGGGAAUUGAUGCCUAUCGUUUAUACUCCUACAGUCGGUUUGGCUUGUCAAGAAUUCGGACACAAUUACAGGCAUCCAAAGGGGCUCUAUAUAACCAUUAAUGACAACAGUAUUAGCAAAAUCUAUCAAAUUUUAUUAGCCAUAGUAGUGACUGAUGGUGAACGAAUUCUUGGUCUCGGUGAUCUCGGUGCCCAUGGUAUGGGAAUCCCAGUUGGUAAAUUAGGUCUCUAUGUGGCUCUGGGAGGAGUUCAACCUAGCUGGUGUCUUCCGGUUGUUCUCGACGUUGGCACUAACAAUCAGGUAUGGUUUCUAUUAUAUUUUUCAUGCAUGCAGAUGACUUGA